AUGCAUGUCCUUAAUGCGUUUCCCCAGUUCUCUAAGUUCUCUAAGUUCCCUUUGGAGUUAAGAAUCCAGAUUUGGGAACUUGUUGCUUUUCACCAACGCAUUCUUGAGUUAAAUUAUUGCGUUAUUGAUAAGAGAUUCGUCAACUAUGGUGUAGCUCCCGCGAUACUUCAUACAAAUAGAGAAUCUCGUGAAAUUGCUCUUCGGCAUUACAAUCUGUCCUUCGGCACGGACAAGCAGCUAGCGGAUAUCUACUUCAAUCCUAUUUGCGAUACCAUCUAUUUCAGUUCGAGGCAGUAUGUGGACGAAGUCACGGCCAUUGCAAAGCACUUCUCUAUCAAAUCACCAUCGCUGCCAUACCAACAUCAAAUCCAGUCAAUAGCGCUAGCCGAGCAGUUUUGGGGCGAAACUCGUUACAGCAUUCCAUUUCGUCUCUCUAGUGCUUUGGGAAACAUGACUAGAUUCCGUUUCGCUUUUCCUCACCUGCGCAAGGUCAUCUUGGUGAGAGGAAUACCGAGUGAAGAAGAAGUCGAUUCGUGGGACCGCUAUUCAGGCAUCACUUUGUCCGAGUCAAAUAUGGAUGAAUCAGAGGAUGAUACUCUGGAGAUUGUGAUAUUGGCAUUUGCGGAAGAUGCGAAGACACGUUCGGACGAAACGGUGGAGGUGAUGGUGAUGGAACAUCCGUAG